AUGCUUGGGGCUGCAUUGUGGACCUUUGGGAGUCUUCUUCGAUCCUCAGUCUGUCUCUCAGUCAAAGUGUGCAGCAGUGAGGCAGACAGGAGCCGUGCCCUGGUGGACAAAAUGGCUGUGAUCACUGGGUCCACAGAGAGUCAGGCUCCCAGGAGGAGGGUGGGAGGGCUGAAACCGGCAAGUUCAUCUCCGCCGGCAGACCCUCGGUACAGUGGGGGUGUGGACUUCCUGGCGUGCAACGUGGAGGUCACCAUCCUGGUAGGGAGCACGCUGGGAGCCAGUGACCAGGUGUGGGACAAGAUUAUGCUCACUGACCUGCUUUCCCGAGGGGUGAAGGGGGACACCUACAGCUCCUCCCCACAGUCACUCUGGUCUCCAGGACUCCAGAUGCUGGGGAUCUACAAUACCAGCAAAACUCUCCUGCUGGGACUCAUCAAGUCCUUGGCUGUAGAGCUGGCACCAAAGGGCAUCUGGGUGAACUGUCUGUCACCAGCACUCAUCAAGAUGGACUUCAGCCAAGUGGGCAGGGAAGCCAGAGGACUGUAUGUGGAUUGUGUCCUUCCUGUGCUCUCCAGAUCCAGUAACAUCGUUGGGGAGAACAUCGUGGUGGCCUGUUUCUCCUUGAGGCUCUGA